AUGGAGGGCGUCGAGACUGUGGAUGUGAGCUGGCUCCAUCAUUCACAAAAAGAUUAUGUCUCCCGUUCCAAGUCAGUGAACGAUAAAUCAGGCGCCGAUUCGGAUCUCCCAACUUCACCGAAGCGAAAUCCAUCCACGUCAGAGAAGAACGCCAUUUCCAAUGGUCAUCAUCCACAGCCUCCGUCGACAACCUCUGUCUUUCCGGAAUACAAAGAACCUACAAAUGGCGACACUCAAACUGGAGGGGCACCGAAAAGCAACGACACAAAUACACCUCAGAAGUCUGGAAGCAAGCCGAUUUCAAUCAGACGGAAUUCAUGGAUUUCGAACCUGAGCUCGAAGUUCUCCUCUGGAUCGACACCCCCGUCCCAGUCAAACAUCAAAGGAUCCCAGCCAAGUCCCAAGACAGCAAACUUCGACCCCCCAAAUCCAUUUGGAGCAGCGUAUUCCCCCAAGGACAAAGAGGAGGAGAAGAAAGAUGAAAGCAAUCCGUUCACCUCAUCCUCGCCUAGAGGUUCAUCGUUUCUUUCAAAUGCUUUUCGCAAGCUUUCCUCGUCCGGGGGUUCCGGGCUGGGCAAGGCGCCCGCGAAUGGAGUUAUCUGCGAACGCCGUGUGAUGAACAUCGAUCGAAACAGAGAUCGGUGUAAGGUCCCGGACCUGGACCAAGGGAAGCUGCGUCGUGUCGCCUUUUCCGUGGAUGUUGAAAUCGCAGGGAUAUCGCGCAGGGAGUCCGAAGACGACGAUUCUGCUCAGAGCAAUGCGCGACGUUUAUUCUCCGAUUCGAAUAGUUCCAAGUCCAAGAAGUCGAACCAGAAGUCGAAAGAUAAGGGUGAAGCCGCUGCAUUGAAAUCCCCUGAGGCAGCAGCUGUCGAUAAGGAAAAACAGGAACAGACCCAAACGAACAAUGGCCCAUCAGAUCCUGCAUCGGGCGAGCCUAAAGCGGCGGAAGGCGAGGGCAAAGAGCCUUCGCGGAAACAGGAGAAGAAGAAGCGUUCGGAAGAGGAAAGACGGGAGCGCAGAGAGCGCAGACGAAGGCAAGCCGUGGCGAACGGCUCAAUACCUUUGCAGCUGAAUGCUGAUGAUGAGUCUAGCGCUCCAUCGCAGUCCCACCCGACGACUGAUCCCGUUCGCAUCUACCGUCGCUGUUGUCAGCUGCGCGAGAGCCCCGUUCUCAAGAGGAUAGUCGACGAGAUUUCCUCUCCCUCGUCCACCCUGGUGGAGUCGCCUGGGACAGUGGCUGCCCUCGAGCUCAAGGACUUCCCGAUGACCACGGAAGACAUUGCCACGUUCUGCGACUGGCUAGCUGUCGUACCCGUCCGUAAACUAAUACUCGAGAACUGUGGUUUGACAGAUGAUUCGACCCGUGCCAUCCUUUCAGCACUUCUCUCAACCAAGACCGUUGAACAGAUGAAGCAUAGACGAGGGCGACCCGGCAAGGCCAAGCCACAGACAAUCACAAGUGAAGAGAGAGUUAGUGUUGUGGAAAAGCUGUCACUGAAGGAUAACUCGAAAAUUGGGCCAGAGGGAUGGCGCCACAUCUGCCUCUUCAUCCAUCUUUCAAAGUCCCUGAAGGCUAUCGAUCUGUCGGGUAUCCCGUUCCCCAAGGCAUCCGUUACCGCAACCGUUCCUGGAGAGGCUGUAUCUGCGGCUACAGAGCUCUCCACCGUAUUCGCAAGAUCCCUAGCGGAGCGUUUCGGCGGCGAUCACCUCGAAGAAUUGUUGAUCAGUGAAUGCCGGCCAGCUACGGACGAUGUGCGCAGAAUCUGCGAUGCCGCCACUGCUGUCGGCCUGAAGAGGUUCGGAUUUGCCAACAACAACCUGACGAAGGAGGGUUUGGAACACGUCGUUCGGUAUGUCAAGACCGGUAAAUGCGAGGGUCUUGACCUUGGUGGAAAUCCUAUCCAGGAUCAUCUCGACUUGCUUAAUCCCGCCAUGGAGAAAGACCAUCCACUUUAUGCGCUGAGCUUGGCGGAUUGCUCUCUGACGCCUUCUGUGCUUUAUCCGUUGUUCCAAGGACUGACACGUUUGUCGAACCUGCGUUUCGUCGACUUCUCUCAUAACCCGGGACUUUUUUCUGCUCAGCCAGACGCGCUGGCCAUAUUUAGACGGUUCCUCCCAAAAAUGACUUCUCUCAAGCGCAUUCACCUUGCGGAUGUCAAUCUCUCCGCGGACCACGCCAUCGCACUCGCUGAAGUUCUUCCUGAUAGCCCAAGCCUGUGCCAUUUGAACAUCCUGGAAAACCCCUCGAUAACUGCUCUUGCCUCUUCGACCGAUGCCCGCAGUCAGGAGGAGGCAUGCGCUGUUUAUGCAUCCCUCAUGGCUGCCGUCCGGGUUUCACGUACAAUCAUCGCCGUUGAUAUCGAAGUCCCCAGCGCGGAAAAUAACGAAAUCGUGAAGGCCCUGGCAUCCCAGAUCGUCGCCUACUCCCUUCGUAAUCUCCAACGAGGCGCCAUUGCAGAGGAACUCACCAGUCCUACGGAGCCGGUCGCUGAUCGAGCCGACGUCCCAGUUCCCGAAGUUCUCCAGCACAUUGUAGGCAAUGGCUUUGGCGACGAAUGUGACGAUGAAGAUGACGACCUUGCUCCGGAUGAAGACUACGUUAUUGGUGGUACCGGAGUGGUAAAGGCUUUAGGAGUAUGCUUGGGUGCGAGAGACCAUCAUACUCUUGGCGACCAGUCCGCACCGCCCAGUGGAACUACAACACCCCGGCACAGGAAGUCUAGGUCUCUUGCCACUAAUACUAAGAGGCCGCGAGACAUGUCGAAGAACUUGCUGGAGACAGCCCGCAAUAUCCGUACCAGGAUCCAGUCGGCUCUUGUUCGCGAAGACAAGGCCGGUAAUGAAACAAACUACAGACGCUUGCAAUUCCUCGACUUUACACUCCAUCGGAUGAUCCAGCGGUUCGAGGAUGAGUAUCCAGAAACGCGGGUCUUCCCGCCUGUCCCUAGGGCUGUCGCGGAUAACAGCUCUCAGCAUUCUGGAGACUCUGCCAAUGGAUCGGGUACCAAUAGCGGAGGCCAGCUUAAUCUGAAUAACAUCGACAACGAAAACGCCAUCGACGAUGAAGAUACGGAGCAUUAUGCCAUUGGCCGCCUCUCUCGCGCCAGCUCAAUGACCUCUCUCCACUCCCGUGCAAUGACCUCCGAAGAAGGCCAUGUCCACCGACUGGGCCAGGGCCUCCGCCGCGACUUCCUCAGCCCGUCCAUCGACCAAGAAGCGGAUGAUGAUGAUGAUGAUGAUGAUUCUUCGGGUCUUGAUGAUGCUUAUAUCACCGCGUUGCGCGACAAACUGGACCGUCUGCAUGAAGAACAAGAGCGUUCUUCUCGUUUUUCGGAUAAGACUUUCGAGGAACUGGGUUCGACCGUGGACGACCUCUGGACGACCCAGAGACAAGAUUCGGAGGCGUUCGAACGGUUCAAGCAGAGCCAGAUUGCUGCCCAAAUUAACAGUGGCAGACGGAGUCGGCCUGACACUGCCAAUGCCGCGGGCCAGGAUUCUGAAGAGAAGUCUUCAUAA